AUGCAGCCAGAACAAACAGUGCCGACAUCUACGACGAUCCUAGUCAUUGGCGGAGGGCCUGCUGGCUCUUAUGCUGCAACGGCCCUAGCGAGAGAGGGUUUCGACGUGACCUUGCUGGAGAAGGAAAUAUUCCCUAGAUAUCACAUAGGGGAGAGCAUGCUGCCGUCGUGUCGUCCGUAUCUCAAAUUCAUCGACGCCGAGGAUAGAGUCAGAGCGUAUGGGUUCACCGUCAAGCCAGGAGCCGCAGUAAAGUUAAAUCAACAUAAACGUGAAGGAUACACGGACUUCAUUGCGCUUAAUCCUGACAACGGCGCGUGGAACGUGGUGCGAUCAGAGUUUGAUGAACUGCUGCUCCGACAUGCGCAGGAAUGCGGGGUUCGCGUUUGUGAGGGUGUCGCGGCUAUCGAAAUAACAUUCAAAGAAAAUGACCCACAUCGACCGGUUAGCGUUGAUUGGCGGAAGCAAGAUGAUGACGAAACUGGGGGCAGCAUAACAUUUGAAUGGUUAGUGGACGGCUCUGGACGAGCGGGGUUAAUGUCGACGAAAUACCUCAAGAAUAGAAGGUUCAACAAAAGUCUGCGCAAUAUCGCCGUAUGGGGUUAUUGGCGUGGUGCAUUGUGCUACUCCCCUGGAACCGACAGACAGAAUGCCCCAUGGUUUGAAGCCUUGACAGACGAAUCUGGAUGGGCCUGGUUUAUUCCUCUCCACAAUGGUACGGUUUCAGUUGGUGUUGUGUUAAUAGAAACGGUAUACAAGGACAAGAAGGCCCGAUGGCAGGAAAGCCAUGGGGAAUUCGAAGCAUCAGCCUUCUAUGAGAAGCAAGUGGAACUGGCCCCUGGUUUGCUGAAGAUCCUGGGUGAUGCACGCUUGAAAAGUGACAUCAAAACUGCGGGUGACUACAGCUACUUUUGUGAUACCCACGCUGGUCCAGGUUUUCGAAUCAUCGGAGACGCAGGAGCGUUUAUUGAUCCCUUCUUCUCCUCUGGUGUACACCUCGCAUUUACAGGGGCUCUUUCAGCCGCCAGUUCCAUUGCAGCGUCUAUACGAGGACAGUGUUCAGAGCUCGAAGCAAUCAAAUUCCACAACGGGAAAGUGGGCUCGUCAUAUACCAGGUUCCUGCUGGUGGUUCUGGGCGUCUAUAAACAGAUCAAAGCGCAGGAAAUUCCUGUCAUGUCAGACGUCAACGAGGAUAAUUUCGAUCGGGCAUUCAGCGCAUUGAGACCUGUCAUCCAGGGUGCCGCAGAUGCGGAUCCCGCUGUGACCGAAGAUGAAGUGCAAGUUACCAUGGAUUUCUGUAGGAACAUAUUCGCCCCUACGGACCCCAAAAUGUACAGCGAAGUAGCCAAGCGGAUUCCUUCAAGCCUCCUGUCUCCCGAGACUCCGAUCCUCGACAAGAACACCAUAGAGAAGCUGGCUGGAAUGGACGACGAAGUCCGACAUGUGCUGCAAGAGGUCAACGCUCGAAAGGCCAUUCACGUCAUGUAUGACGCACGCACCCAUUUUACCACAGAAGUUAUGGACGGUUUCUGCGUUAGAAUGGAGAGGGGACGUCUGGGGCUGGUAAGGGCUUAG